GCGCACGUGUUCGAGCCGGAAGAGCCGGUGGGGCUGGAAGUCCUGCGGGGGAUGGAGACCGAGAUGGAGUCACAGAGCGCCGGGGCCGAGGACGGCUUCACCCCGGUCACCCGCAAGAGUGGUCGGCGGGCAAAGAAACGGCAGGCUGAGCAGCUGUCGGCGGCGGGGGAAGGCGGGGACGCUGGACGCAUGGACACGGAGGAGGCCCGGCCGGCAAAGAGACCUGUCUUCCCGCCCCUCUCCGGGGACGCUUUCCUGAGUGGGAAAGAAGAAACAAGGAAAAUUCCAGUCCCAGCUAACAGAUACACGCCCUUAAAAGAGAACUGGAUGAAGAUUUUUACUCCAAUUGUAGAACAUUUGGGACUUCAGAUACGCUUUAACUUAAAAUCGAGAAACGUGGAAAUCAGGACCUGCAAAGAAACCAAGGAUGUUAGUGCUCUGACAAAAGCAGCUGAUUUUGUGAAAGCCUUUAUUCUCGGGUUUCAAGUGGAGGAUGCACUCGCCCUCAUUAGAUUAGAUGAUCUUUUCCUGGAGUCCUUUGAAAUUACAGAUGUUAAGCCCCUAAAGGGAGACCACCUGUCGAGGGCAAUAGGAAGAAUCGCUGGCAAAGGAGGAAAAACCAAAUUCACAAUAGAGAAUGUGACACGGACGCGGAUAGUUUUGGCCGAUGUGAAAGUUCACAUCCUCGGUUCUUUCCAAAACAUCAAGAUGGCAAGGACUGCCAUUUGCAACCUCAUUCUGGGAAAUCCUCCAUCAAAAGUUUAUGGCAAUAUUCGAGCUGUGGCUAGCAGAGCAGCAGAUCGAUUCUGAUUUCAAAUCAGAUUUUUUAUAUUCUUUGGACUCUAAAGACCUUACCUCUCUGUGAGCGGUCACAGGAAAACCACGUGGAAAAUUUUCUAGUCACUUUAAUAGUUGGUUCCUUCUAUUCUCAGCAAGAAGCAUCAACAGAAAGGAAAACUUUAACAGUAUUCACAUUUAACAGCUUUGAGGAUAACUUAAAUUUCAAAAUUUUGUACCAUUAUUAUAGUCACAUUAAGUAUAACUUUUCACUUUUUGUAUUUUAAGCAAGAUGUAGCAAGUUUGCCUACCAUAUAAUUCUUCUGGUUUAAACAGUUAUGUGUGAAUUUGUACUUUAUCAAAAUUUACUAUCUUACAAAUUUAUAAACAUUUCUGUGAGCUAGUAUUAAAGAGUGAUCUCAGGAAACCUCUGAAAAUCAAGAUCCUUAGUUGAAUACUGGAUAAUUAAAUACUUUAGUCAGGUCAUAAGCAGCAGUGGGAACCAAAUAGGCUAGUAUUUGUUUAGUAGCUUGUGAAUUUAAAAUCAAAGAUCUAAGUCACCAGGCUAUGUAACCCGAGUUUUGUUUUUCAUAGUGAGGAAUGGAGUCAGACCUUGCCAAUGUUGGGUAUAUUUUAAGAGCAGUAAGGUGAAAUAUGGGAAGAGAUUUUCCUUUAACACAACUACAAUGUUCUGCUGCAAAUAUGUUUUGACUAGUGUCUGCCUAUUUAAGUAUCAUUCAUUUAAUGCCUUUUAAAAAUAAAUUUUCAUUAAACUUGACUAUA